AUGUUCCACCAGGUUGGAAUUAGAGGCGAAGACCAGCAUAGCCAGCGAUUUCUGUGGCGAGAUGAGGGAGAGCUAGGUGAACCCGGUGUUUACGUUAUGCAGGUGAUGACGUUCGGGGCGUGCUGUUCUCCAUCAAGUGCACAGUACGUGAAGAACAUGAACGCGGAACGUUUCAGCGAGCAAUUCCCAGCGGCCUCUGCGGCCAUAGUGCAGUGUACGUAUGUCGACGACAUGUUGUGUAGCACAGAGACCGAAGAGGAGGCGAUUGAGUUGGCGAAGACUGUUUGGGACAUCAACAAUCGAGGCGGGUUUGAAAUCCGUAAUUGGAUGUCCAACUCCGUUGGCAUACUGUCAGCGCUUCGUGGAGAUUCCUGUGCAGAGAAAAGCCUCGACCUGUCAUCCAGCCUAGCGACCGAGAAAGUAUUGGGGAUGUGGUGGUGUACUAAGACCGACUGUUUCACUUACAAAAUCAACUGGGAUCGGCUAGGACGUGAGCUGCUGGAAGGCAAUCGUUGCCCUACGAAACGUGAGGUACUCCGCACCCUGAUGACCAUCUACGAUCCUCUAGGUCUCAUCGCGCACUUCCUAAUGUUUCUCAAGGUACUGCUACAAGACAUCUGGCGGACCCGAGUAGGCUGGGACGAAAACAUCGACGAUAAGUGCUUCAAAAAGUGGCGAAAAUGGCUGCAUCUUCUUCCGGACGUUGAGAACGUCAGUAUUCCACGGUGCUACAGGAUGUCUUCAUCGAUCGGUCAUCACACCGAGAUCCAGUUGCAUACCUAUGUCGACCCUAGUGAAAAUGGCACGGCGGCAGCUGUCUAUCUCCGAUUCGUGGAAGGCGACAACAUCGAAUGCAGUCUCGUCACCCGCAACGUUAUCGCCUGGAUACGUGCCGACCACCGCAAAUACAACGCAUUCGUCGCCGCGAGAGUCAGCGAAAUCCUAGAUCUCACGAGCGUAUCGAGCUGGAAGUGGGUCCCAACAAAGUGGAACGUAGCAGACGAAGAGUUCCUGUGGCAAGCAGAAAAGGAAUGGCCAGAUACCCCGGAAAAACUGACGGAACCGGUGGAAGAGCUGCGAGCGUGCGUCAACGCGCACUUCCAAACGAAAAGCGAGAUUAUCCCCGUUAAAGAUUUCUCAACCUGGAGACGAUUGGUCAACACAACCGCCUACGUUUUCCGGUAUCUACGCCAGCUUCGACCGAAGAAAUUCACCCGCACCAUCGAAAUCCUUUCGAGCGAGGAGAUACACCAAGCUGAAGACUACCUUCUCCGCACAGCACAGCAAGACGUCUUCCAAACCGAGCUUAACAUUCUCCGACGCGACGACCGCAACGCAACGAUUCCCAAGCAAAGUCAGCUGUACAAGCUCAACCCGUUCAUCGAUGAAAAAGGAUUGCUGCGCAUGCACGGCAGGACUGGAGCGUGCAAGUUUCUAGCAGUGGAAAUCGCCAAUCCUAUUAUUCUUCCGCGUGACCAUCCGAUAACGAAUCUCAUCGUUGAAAGCUACCACCAGAAGUUUCAUCAUCAAAACCACGAGUCAGUCAUCAACGAAGUUCGCCAGAAAUACUGCAUCAGUUGUCUACGCAGAGUAUACGCCAAGGUCAGGUCCAACUGUCAACGCUGCAAGCUGCGGGAAGCUCGUCCGCGUCCUCCAGCAAUGGCUGACCUACCAAAGUGUCGACUAGCAGCUUUCGUUCGACCGUUUACACACACCGGCAUCGAUUAUUUUGGACCGAUGGAAGUGGCUAUAGGGAGAAGGGUUGAAAAAAGGUGGGGGGUUCUAUUGACUUGUCUCACUAUUCGCGGGGUCUACCUUGAUUUAGCUAGCUCUCUAACAACAAGCUCGUGCAUAAUGGUGAUCCGCAACUUCAUUGUGCGACGAGGAACACCUUCCGUUUUCUACAGCGACAGGGGGACUAACUUCAUCGGAGCCGAUCGAGAGUUGAAGCAAGCCCUGCAGGACAUCGACCAGCACAAGAUGGCUCAGGAGUUUGUUUCGGCGACAACCACUUGGUGUUUUAAUCCACCGGCAGCUCCCCAUAUGGGGGGGAGCUGGGAACGACUCGUGCAGUCCGUCAAGCGCACCUUAGUGGAACUGCAGCUACCCCAUCGCCCGAAGGAGGAAGAACUGAGGAGUGCUCUGGUCGAGAUUGAAGGCAUCAUCAACGCACGGCCGCUUACCCAUGUACCCAUCGAAGACGAGGCCGCACCAGCGCUCACACCGAACCAUUGGUUGCUGGGCAGUUCCGACGGAUUCAAACCAUGGACCGAACUGGAAGUCAACUCCAUCGCUUUGAGUCGAGGUUGGCAUCUAUCGCAGCAGAUCGCGAACCACUUCUGGAAAAGAUGGCUGCGGGAGUACCUGCCGGAGAUCACCAGGCGUUCCAAGUGGCAUCAAAACGUACCACCGAUCAAAGAAGGUGACAUCGUGGUCAUCGUCGACUCGGAGCUGCCUAGGAAUUGCUGGCCCAAAGGACGAGUUAUCGGAACGGUAAACCGAGACGGGCAGGUGCGUACCGUAACAAUUAAGACGGCGAAAGGCGUCUACGAGAGACCGGCGGUAAAUGUUGCAGUGAUAGACGUAAGAGCUAAGGAGGAGUUUGCUGACUCAGAGGCGGAGUCAGCAAACUAG